UGCCUGGCCGCGCAGGGGCUCGCGCCCGCCUGUGCCCAGCAGCACUGCGUGGAGGGCCAGAAAUCAAGGCACGCACCCAGAAACAGGCAGAUGGAGAGGGUCUGGAUGGACUGACGGUAGACACCUGGGGAGAUACAUGGCCAGCUCCCAAGAGGCGCAGGAAGAGCUCGGCGUUGGGUGCUCCAGCACAGACCUCCGACUUCCCUUUUCUCACCAGCGCACACUGAUUUUUCCUCUGUGUUUUCUGAGCUGCUUUGGUGGUAGCCACUUGGCCCCUUCUUCUUUCGCCCUCCACGAUGGUGAGGUGGUUUCACCGUGACCUGAGUGGGCUGGAAGCUGAAGCCUUACUGAAGGGACGAGGUGUCCAUGGGAGCUUUCUGGCCAGACCCAGUCGGAAGAAUCAGGGGGAUUUUUCUCUUUCAGUUCGGGUGGGUGACCAGGUAACCCACAUCCGCAUCCAGAAUACUGGGGAUUUCUAUGACCUUUAUGGAGGGGAGAAGUUUGCCACCUUGUCAGAACUGGUGGAGUACUACACACAGCAACAAGGCUCGCUGCAGGACAAAGAUGGAACCAUCAUCGACUUGCGAUACCCGCUCAACUGUUCUGACCCCACUACAGAGAGAUGGUACCAUGGGCAUCUAUCAGGCGCUGCAGCUGAGUCACUUCUCCAGGCCAAAGCCACCCCUUGGACCUUCUUGGUGCGGGAGAGCCUCAGCAAACCUGGGGAUUUUGUCCUGUCUGUCCUCACUGACCAGCUUAAACCUGGGUCUGAUGCUCCACCGGCUGGGGCAAGCAGUGCCUCUGGGGCCCGGCUCAAAGUCACGCACAUCAAGAUCAUGUGUGAGAAUGGACGUUACACAGUGGGAGGUGCUGAAACGUUUGACAGCUUGGCAGAUCUAGUGGAGCACUUCAAGAAGACUGGAAUUGAGGAGGUUUCUGGCUCCUUUGUGUACCUGAAGCAGCCCUACUACGCUACAAGGGUGAAUGCUGCUGACAUUGAGAAUAGAGUGCAGGAACUGAACAAGAAGAGUCUAUCUGAGGAGACAUCCAAGGCUGGAUUCUGGGAAGAAUUUGAUAGUCUGCAAAAACAGGAAGCCAAGCACCUGUUUGACCGUCAUGAGGGUCAGAGACCUGAAAACAAGAGCAAGAACCGAUACAAGAACAUCUUGCCCUUUGAUCAUUCUAGAGUCAUCCUUCAGGGAAGGGACCCAAAUAUACCUGGAUCUGACUACAUCAAUGCCAACUAUGUCAAGAACAACAUGAUCAGCCCAGAUGAGUGCACCAAGACCUACAUCGCUAGCCAAGGUUGCCUGGAUGCCACAGUCAAUGACUUCUGGCAAAUGGUGUGGCAGGAGAACACGCGGAUUAUUGUGAUGACUACACGGGAGGUAGAAAAAGGGCGGAACAAAUGUGUGCCUUACUGGCCAGAGGUGGGCAGCACGAAGGAGUACGGUCCCUACCUUGUGGAGAACGCUGGGGAGCACGAUGCAUUGGAGUACAAACUGCGGCACCUCUGCGUGUGCCCCAUAGAUAACGGUAAAGCUGUGCGUGAGAUCUGGCACUACCAGUACCUGAGCUGGCCUGACCAUGGUGUACCCAGCGAGCCAGGAGGAGUACUCAGCUUCCUCGACCAAAUCAACCAGAAGCAAGAGAGCAUCCCGGAUGCAGGGCCUAUUCUGGUGCAUUGCAGUGCUGGGAUUGGCCGCACUGGGACUAUCAUCGUCAUUGAUAUGAUAGUGGAAACAAUCUCCACCAAGGGGCUGGACUGUGACAUUGACAUCCAGAAGACCAUCCAGAUGGUGAGGGCCCAGCGCUCGGGGAUGGUGCAGACGGAGGCCCAGUACAAGUUCAUCUACAUGGCCAUCUGCCAGUUCAUAGAAACAACCAAGAAAAAGCUGGAAGUUAUCCAGUCUCAGAAAGGCAAGCCCAACGAGUCCGAGUACGGGAACAUUGCCUACCCACCUGCAGUGAGGAACGUGCACGCCAAGGCUUCACGAAAAUCCUCCAAGUAA